AUGUCAUUCUUAUUAUUUCAUUUAAGAAGUGGAUGGGCAGUCGAUCAAGCCAUCCUCUCUGAAGAAGAUAGAGUAGUUGUUAUACGUUUCGGUCACGAUUGGGACAAGGACUGUAUGAAACAAGAUGAAAUAUUAGCUGCCAUCGCUGAAAAGGUAUCAAAUAUGGCACUUAUCUAUGUAGUUGAUAUCUCUGAAGUACCAGACUUUAACAAGAUGUAUGAAUUGUAUGAUCCUUGUACUACAAUGUUUUUCUUUAGAAAUAAACAUAUUAUGAUUGAUCUUGGAACUGGUAAUAAUAACAAAAUUAAUUGGCCAUUAACGAGUAAACAAGAUAUGAUUGAUAUUAUAGAAACUGUUUAUGUUGGUGCUAGAAAGGGUAAAGGUCUUGUAAUCUCUCCCAAAGAUUAUUCUACCAAAUACAAAUACUAG